AUGGAAGCUGCAAAAGAAGCUGAGGAGAGAGCUGCUAGAGAAAGAGCUGUGCAACCACUGGAAGUUCGUGUACGCAGGUUCAGAGAGAUGCUGGUUGAAAUGCAGGUCUCGGCAUUUUCCACUUGGGAAAAGGAAUUGCACAAGAUUGUGUUUGACCCGCGAUACCUUUUGCUUGCAAGCAAAGAACGAAAACAAACCUUUGAGGCGUAUGUCAAAGAGCGUGCCGAGGAGGAACGACGGGAGAAGAAGAGCAAACUCAAAGAGAAGAAGGAGAAGUUCGUUGAACUAAUGGAUGAAGCUGGACUGAACUCAAAAUCCUCAUUUGGAGAUUUUGCUGCCAAAUAUUCCAAGGAUGAUCGCUUUAAAGGGAUUGAGAAAUCUCGUGAUCGUGAAGCUAUGUUUCAAGAUUACUUAGUGGAUUUACGAAAAAGAGAAAAAGAAGACAAGCAUCGUGAAAAAGAGAAGGUCAAAGUUGACUUCUUCAACAUGUUGAAAGAACAAAAGAGUAUUAACCGAUACACCCACUGGACUGAUGUUAAGCGCAAAGUGGACUCUGAUCCUCGGUAUAAAGCUGUAGAAUCUUCUUCAAAACGAGAGGACUGGUUUAGAGAAUUCAUACGCAAACUUGAUGAGGUUCCCGCUGUUAGAGAGGAUAGUUUCUCUCGGAAAGAGAGAGAGAAGAAGGAGCGUCAAGAAGCAUCUAUAAGAGAACGCGAGAAGGAAGUUAAAGAAGCUCUGUCUUCUUCCUUGAGAGAAAGAGAUAAAGAAAGGGAACAACAUUUGCGGAAUGAGCAAGAGAACAAUUUUCAUACGAUGCUUCAAGAUAUGAUACGUGAUCCCAGUCUUUCAUGGAAAGAAGCUAAGAAAAUGCUGCGGAAAGAUCCUCGAUGGGAAGCUGUUAGUGAGAUAUUUGAACGAUCAGAACGAGAAGAGAUGUUCAAAGAACACAUCAACAGUCUUUCGAAAAAGUCUCGGGAGUUGUUCUAUCGACUUUUAAACGAAACUGAAGGAAUGUCUUUUGAUUUGUCUUGGAAAGAAGCAAAAAAGAUUAUAAACGGUGACCCUCGCUUUGAGAAGAUUUCGAAAAAAGAAUCCGAAUAUUGCAUGUGGGUGGAAGUGAAGAAAAGUCAGGCGAAAGACGCUUUCAAAGAGCUACUGAAAGAAACAAAAUUGAUAAGUAAUCGGACUAAAGCAACUCUUGAAGAAAAUGAAAACCACAUAUCAGAUAUUAUGGAGGCACUUGAAAAGGACAAACGGUUCAUUGCCUUGGAUGCGUUUGAGGAUGAACGCAAUGCCUUGAUAGAAGAUUAUAUCGACAGUUUGGACAAAAGACGUACUCCUACCCCUGUAUCCAUAUCAUCAAAAGAUUCCGGUCGACGGUAG